AUGGCGCCUAGUUCAGUAAAGGAUGAAGACAGGAGCGUCAACGGCGGCGAGGGCAUCAUGUCGAUUCCCGGCGCAGAAGACACCAUCGACCCCUCGACCUUUGAGCAGAUCCUCGAGAUGGACGAGGACGAGGAGGAGCGCGAGUUCAGCAAGAGCAUCGUCUACGACUUCUUUACCCAAGCCGAGGGCACCUUUACAAAGAUGGACACCAACCUCGAGAAGAAGGACCUCAAGACGCUGAGCGAGCUCGGCCACUUCCUCAAGGGCUCAUCUGCGACACUCGGUCUCACCAAGGUCAAGGACUCGUGCGAGAAGAUUCAGCACUACGGCCAGCUGAAGGACGAGGCAGGGCUAAAGGACAUCAAGGAGGAAGAGGCUCUCAAGAAGUUGGAGACAAUCAUCAAGCAGACCAAGGACGAGUUCCACGAGGUCGAGAAGGUGCUCAAGGAGUUCUACAACGACGAGGAGUGA